CAAACUUCUACCAUGAGCUCGUACCUUCGACGCGCCACGCGAUACGUCUUCGCCAAUGUCACCAGUUCUCCAGCAUGAAUGUACUCGUAUUCCGGUGACGGCAUUGGCCUCCUGCGGCGUCCUUCUAAUUGUCGCAGAAGGACCCUUUGUACGAUUUUACCACGCUAAGGAUUCACGAUACAUCUCGUCGAAGCGCAUCUUCAAGGCGCAGGUAGUGCAUGGCAUAUCCGUCUACUCUGGAGAACACGACCAUGUGACUAAACUCGUGAUUUGGGGAGGACGGCUUGUUCGUGCCCUGGACAUCGAGUUCACUACCCCUGAUCAUCAGCCUCAUGUUCUGACCACCUGUUUGUCUGAUGUCGGAAAAAGUCCAGACUGGAUACUCGAUUUGGCCGUUCGCCCAACCAGUCAGGGAGAUGAGUCCGAGGGACAGAGGGGCAUAUGCAUUGCAGGUGCCGUCACAGCUCACAAUGCACUCCUGCAGGUGUCAAUAGAGCGUCAGGAUGUAGGCAAAUCCUUCAAUAGCAGUUCCUUCACAACUACUAUUUCUGAAUUAACAUCCAGCUCUCGCUCCAUCCUCUACUCGGCUCACCUGUUUUGGGAAUCCUCAGACCGAGUUCUCGUUGCUGCUGGCACUGCUUUUGGUGAGAUCAUGUACUGGUCAUGGAGCCACGACUCACAGUUUGGACCCGUCUCUCGCAUACACCGCGUCUUUCUUGGACACGAGGGCUCGAUCUUCGGUGUUCAGAUAUCCAAAGAAUUGCCAUCUGAAUGUUGUAAGCAACUCAAACGAGUGAUUGCAAGCUGCAGCGACGAUCGCACGAUCCGGAUAUGGGAUGUGUCUGAUGUCAACACAAUCUCCGCCAUCCCAGAUGGGUCAGACGAUGAUGUUUUGAGAACGCGCCAUACCGGGUUUAGCAAUGAAUCCUUCGAUGCAAAUACGUUCGCCAGCUCGGACUGUCUUGCCAUCGGAUGGGGACACAUGUCACGUGUUUGGACGGUGCGAUUCUUGGACUCUCCAUUAUGCAAUGAAUCCGUAUUCCUUCAAUCGGCAGGAGAAGACGCGACUUCACGUACUUGGGAGCUUGUUCCGAACGACGAAGACAACAAGAGCUUUUCUUAUAAGCUUUUACAUCUUGACUGUGCCGCAUAUCACAGUGGUAAGAACUUAUGGUCAACAAGUGUCUGUUAUGAUUCGGCCGGGCCGCAACAGGUGGAUUGUGGCGCUGCUGACAGUAAAAUCACGUCGUAUGCGUUGCCUCGCAUGUCGCAAAAGACCAAGACAGCAGCAGAGAACAUCCCCACAGAGUACACACUACAUGACGUUCUGUCGCUGUCACAGCCUGCCGUUGAAAACUCUACCAACGUAGCAAUUCAAGAGGGUCACGGAUCUUCAAAGAAGGCCGAUUUCUUUCGAGGUUAUUGCUUCGUGGAUGAGCACACAACUCUGCUCACGACUAACUCUGGAAAGGUUCUUCUAGGGUCUGUUGCAUCAGAGGCAGCCUUUGGUCAGUCCGGCGUUCUCACUGAUGUAACUUUCGUCGCUCAACUCGAGGAUCUCUCCGGAUACUCAGUCUGCGUCAGCGCAUUACGACAUGGGAUGGCAUUUGUUGCUGGCGCAAAGGGUAGCAUUUAUGCGUACUGUCAGAGCACGCAUGCUUUAACGAAGGUACAUUCUGUGAACGGAAAGGUUGGAGAACUGCAUACCACAAGCUUCUCGACGUCUACGGGUCGAGAAGUAGUGGCAUCGCUCGUCACUCUGGUUGGACAGAAGGAAGCACAGCUUCUCUACGUGGAUAUUGCACCCGAGGUUCAUGUCUUCUACGUUGUGGUCGUACCUAUUUCCGACGCACUGACAGGAUCUCUUGUCACGAGCAUGGCUCAUGUGAGGACCUCCAUUGGCCACUUCCUGUUUCUUGGAUUCCGCCGCGGAGCAAUCGCAGCAUACAGGCUCGGCGAAGACGAUUCAGGAACCCAAGCCACGUUGCUCCGAAUCAUUGAGAACGCCCAUGGCAGCGAAGCAGUCACUAGUCUGGCGUGGAAAGCGUCGUCUGCCGAUUCCACAUUUGGCCAUGCUCUCUCAGUUGGGCGAGAUGGACGUCUCGCCGUGCACCACAUCGACUUAUCGACGAACCUCAUUCUACUAAUCCACAACCCUGCACUGCCAAUCGGGCCAAAUAUCGAAGGCCUCUAUUUUCAUCAAAGUCGCCUCUUUGUACAUGGAUUUUCUAGCAAGAAGUGGGUCCUUUACGAUGUUACAGCAGAAGAGGAGGUCAUGGGCGUCGAGACUGGAGGCGCACACAGAAGCUGGGCUUUCCAGCCUCGCUCAUCUUCACAGGGCGGGACCCUUGUGUGGACUAGAGCUGCUGGCAUGCACAUAUACAGCCAAACCGGACCAAACCAUACUGUGAUUCGCUCUGGUGGGCAUGGGCGUGAAAUCAAGGCUGUGGCAGUGUCGCCUGUCACCAACCGAGGAUGCCCCAACCGAGGAUGCCCCAACCGCUUUAUUGCGACAGGUUCAGAAGACACAGACAUCAAAAUCUUCCAAUACAUUGAGGGGGAGCUCGUCUGUCGAAAGACAAUACGAAAGCACACUACUGGUAUCCAACAUCUGCAAUGGUCGGAUGAUGGCGAUUAUUUGUUCAGCAGCGGAGGAUGUGAAGAAUUCUACAUCUGGCGGAUUCGUGAACUCCCAUCAUUCCUAGAUGUCGGCAUCGUUUGUGAGCAUGUAUACGCGCCAGAGAGUGAGCAUUCGGAUCUAAGGAUCAUGUCUUUCGAUAUCAGAAGGCGAGAGUCUGGACAUACUAUCGCAAUGGUCUUCUCAGAUUCAAGCAUCAAGGUCUACGAUUACACUCCGGAAGGGGUUGUGAAGUGGCAGCCCAUUGCCAGGGGAACUUACUUUACGUCUUGCUUGACGCAAUGCACUUUUCUAUCUCCUCAAAGAAUUCUAACAAUUGGUACCGACGGACAUGCUGUCGUGUGGCCUCUGUCGCCUGAUAUGAACCAGUCAACCGUAGACAGUUCUUAUUCAGUCUCCACGCUGAUCUGGCAGCACCCCGCAAGAAUACACCAAAACUCAUCCAAGGCCAUGGUUUCGCAUGCUCUAAACAAAGACAUGAAUCUCAUUGCAUCUGGCGGCGACGAUGGUAGUUUAGCCUUUUUACUUACACGCACGGCUCUAGCACAUUCAUCGGCUGCACCGGCCACAUCGUACGCCUCUCCUCCAGUACUCAUACAGCGCGCGCAUGCCUCAGCCAUCACAGCAUGCGCAGUAACAUCACAUCAGUCUCGAAUUUUCAUCAUAACGUCUGGCAACGAUGAGUGGGUCAGACUGUGGGAAGUAACAGUUCAAAAUAUAGAUGGUCGACCAAAUAGCAAAGAGGCGACAAGUAUAGAAGACUGGAUAGUGGUAAAACGACACAAGAAGAUCAAGACACAUGUGGCAGACGUAUCUAGCAUGGCUAUAGUGGAUUCAGGCGGUGGGGUGUUGGAUGCACGAGUUUUGUUGUGUGGUGUCGGCAUGGAGGUCAUAAGGGUAGAAUGGGAGGCAGCUUGAACAGCCUGAGGAGUAGUGCGAAUCAGUCGCUUCUAUGAGAGCCAGUGGAUUAUGAUUCUCAUGCAUAUCUUUCGAC